AUGUCUGCGACACAGUUACUCAAUCCUAAGGCCGAAUCGAGGCGGAGAGGAGAGGCCUUGAAGGUGAACAUCAGCGCUGGUGUGGGCCUUCAAGAUGUCUUGAAAUCGAACCUGGGUCCCUCGGGAACAUUGAAGAUGUUGGUGGACGGUGCUGGCGGAAUUAAAUUGACGAAGGAUGGAAAUGUGCUGCUGCGAGAGAUGCAAAUCCAAAACCCCACUGCCGUCAUGAUUGCUCGGGCCGCUACCGCACAGGACGAUAUCACUGGUGAUGGAACGACGUCCGUUGUCUUGAUGGUGGGAGAGCUCUUGAAGCAGGCAGACCGACACAUUUCCGAGGGUGUGCACCCUCGAGUGAUCACUGAUGGCUACGAGAUCGCCAAGAAUGAGGCCCUCAAGUUCCUCGACCAAUUCAAGAUUGAGAAGCCAGUUGACCGUGAAUUGCUGCUUUCUGUUGCCAGAACCUCGCUCAGCACCAAGCUCAACAGCGCCCUUGCCGAGAAGCUCACCCCCGAUAUCGUUGAUGCCGUGCUCGCCAUCCACAGAGCCCCUGAGAAGCCGGAUCUGCACAUGGUCGAAAUCAUGACCAUGCAACAUCGGUCGUCGUCUGACACGCAAUUGAUUCGUGGUCUGGCUUUGGACCACGGCGCGAGACACCCGGAUAUGCCCAAGCGAGUGGAGAACGCCUUCAUCCUGACGCUCAACGUCAGUCUGGAGUAUGAAAAGUCGGAGAUCAACUCUGGCUUCUACUACUCUAGCGCCGAGCAGAGAGACAAGUUGGUGGAGAGUGAGCGAAAGUUCGUGGACGCUAAGUUGCAGAAGAUUGUCGAGCUCAAGAAGGAGGUUUGCGGUAACGACCCGAAGAAGAGCUUUGUCGUCAUCAACCAGAAGGGUAUUGAUCCUCUAAGCUUGGAUGUUCUUACCAAGAACGGCAUCCUGGCCCUCCGGAGAGCCAAGCGGAGGAACAUGGAGCGUCUCCAGUUGAUCUGCGGCGGUACUGCACAGAACAGUGUCGAUGACCUUACGCCCGACGUUCUUGGCUGGGCCGGUCUGGUCUACGAACACCAGCUUGGAGAGGAGAAGUACACUUUCGUUGAGGAAGUCAAGGACCCCAAGUCGGUCACCAUCCUCAUCAAGGGUCCCAACCAGCACACCAUCGCACAGGUCAAGGACGCCGUCCGCGACGGUCUGCGGUCCGUCUACAACUCUAUCGUUGAUGGCUGCGUGAUCCCUGGUGCCGGUGCCUUCCAGGUUGCCUGCGCCGCCCACCUCACAGACAAGGUCAGCAAGACCGUCAAGGGUAAGGCCAAGUGGGGAGUUGGCGCCUUUGCCGAUGCCUUGUUGAUCAUCCCGAAGACCCUUGCGGCCAACUCCGGCCAUGAUAUCCAGGACUCCUUGGCUGCUCUGCAAGACGAGCAAACCGCCGGUAACACCGUUGGUCUGGACUUGAACACGGGAGAGCCGAUGGAUCCUGUCCAGGAGGGUGUCUUCGAUUCUUUCCGCGUGCUGCGUAACCUGAUCGCCUCGAGCACGGGUAUCGCCUCUAACCUGCUCCUAUGUGAUGAACUUCUGAAGGCCCGCCAGAUGGGUAAACAGGGCGGACCUGGUGGCAUGGAGGAGUAA